AACCAAUUUACCUUCGUCUCCAGUGCGUUUCUACUAAAAGCCAUGCAAGAUGAGUUCGGAAGGUCAGCUCUUACCUCUUGAUAAUGCUACCAUUGAAUCUGAGCCAUCUCUUCGGUCCGAAGUACCCCUUCUCAAUCCAUCUGCCAAGUGCUCCCCUCGGGCAUCUCAAGAAGAAAUGGGGUCGAGGAGCAUCACUCCAAACCCUUCCGACGAUACCGCUACUCUUUUUCGAAUAAGCCCUUACAUUGAAUCGUCAAAUCCAUCGUCGGAGAAGCACUGUGCUUCUCAGAUAAGAACCAUUCAAGGGGCAUGGAAAUGGCUGCAAAUCCGACUACCCAAAAGUUGGCGUACUGGUCUCAUAUUAGGCGCAGUACUAUCCUCAAGCGUCUUGAUCGCCAAUAUCGUUGUCGCCAUUGUCGCAAGCAACAUAGUACGCCGGGAGACGGGUAGUGGCUUGGGGAUAGCCAAAGUACGCAAGGGGCGUUGCGCGAAUCUCGAACGCAUCGAGCUCGGUAUCCAUCUGGCUAUCAAUGCUAUCAGUACGUUGCUGCUCGGGGCAAGUAAUUACUGUAUGCAGUGUCUAGUUGCGCCCACCCGAGCGGAUGUAGACAGAGCUCACAAGAAAGGUGAAUGGCUCGACGUUGGGGUGCCAAGCCUAAGGAACUUUCGCUUCAUUGCUCCAAUGAAGCUGGUUUUCUGGCUCUCGCUCGGUUUAUCUUCCAUUCCCCUGCAUUUAUUUUACAAUUCAACGUUCUUUACUUCACUAAAGAACCACCCCUACGACAUUUACAUUGCUUCUGAAAAUUUUACAAAAGGAUCUUGGUUCAGUGAUGUAUCCGUCGGGCACGAACCUUACCGAGUUCAGGCCGCGAUUAAUGGAUCUAAACAGUUAGAGAGCGACUCUUAUUUUGAGCGGCUCGAAAACCCGGAUUGCAUCGAAGAAUAUGCCAAAGUACCGCAGCUCGACCGGAAAACAGUAGUGCUGAUCUCUAAUAACUCAGCAAGCAAUAAUAACUACCUUUGGAAACACACCAUCCCAAAGGACCUUAAAUAUACUGCUCUGCACGCGUGGGAUUUUAACUCAUCCUUGUAUGCUAUGUCGCAUAUGGAUGUCAUCGAUGGAGCUUGGAAGAAAGUAAGAUCAAAUGCGACGGAUUGGACCGUUUGGGGAUUUAAGGUCGAGUAUUGUCUUAGUGAAAAGACUAAAGACGAGUGCACUUUGCACGUUGCAACAAGCCUUUUAGUCGUCGUCAUUGUCUUCAAUGCUGUUAAAUUACUCAUCAUUACAUUCGUCGCAUGGCGAAUGACAAACAAGCCACUAAUCACAAUCGGCGACGCGGCAUCUUCGUUUAUCUCUGACCCUGAUAUGACAACACAUGGAUUAUGUCUGUUCGCCAAAGCAGAUGUUUCCGAUCAAACUUCAAGCUUCAAGAGAUAUGUGCUUAACUGGUCACCCGGUCCUAUGCCGUAUGAGGAAAGAAAUAAAAGACGAGCUAAAGCCGUUAGCAAAUCGCGAUGGAAAAACACCAUCAUUUUGAUACGAACAACUUUCUUACAAAAAUGCAGGAUUUUCAUUAGCAUAAGCGCUAUCCUCUGGUUUUACGGCUUUGCUGUGCAAAGCUUGAAAUCAAAAUACGGCAGAGAUGAUGCAAAACUCAUAUUGGACCUUGGAAUUGGCACAGUGAGCCCGUAUACACUUAUAUCGGGUUGGAAUAUGCCUUCAUCUGGCGAAAAUGCCGUUGUGGCCACGGUCUUGGUUACCAAUUUACCUCAAGCUCUGCUUUCUAUUCUUUAUGUCCUUGUCAACAGCAUUUUUACUAACUUCUCUAUAACUGAGGAGUGGUCUCGGUACACUCGUAAGCUUCGUGCUCUACGCGUUUCUGAGCCUCGCGGAGCUCAACGCUCCACAUACUUCCUUCAGCUACCAUACCGGCUGGGCAUCCCAGCUAUGAUUUUCUCGGCCUUUCUCCACUGGAUUAUCUCACAGAGUAUAUUCGUCGUGAUGGUAGAUAGUGAGACUUUACUUAGUUCUUCCAGUGCCAUUACCUGUGGCUACUCACCGCUUGGCAUGAUUCUUACUGUUGUAGCGAUACUUGUGCUUGUAACGUUCGUGGUGGGGUUGGGCAUUCGCACGCUCAAGCCAGGAAUACCAAUGGCUGGCAGUUGCAGCGCAGCUAUCUCUGCGGCUUGUCACGCUCCCGAGGGAACGUCGGAGUGUCUGCCAGUCAACUGGGGGGUGAUUCCAGGCGAAGAAACAGAAACGGAAGAUCAUGGGAAGGUGGGACAUUGUGCAUUCUCAAACGGACCAGUGGAAGCUCCUGUCGAAGGACGACUGUAUGCCUGAGAGCCAAAUGUUGUAUUGGAGAGCUGGUGGAAACGACGCAUUUUUGGUUCCUUUUUCUUUUUUGCUUUUCACAUGAUCCAUCAUUGGCUCCUCUAUUUCCUUUAAAAAGAGACUGCUUGUGCUCAAUUUGCAC